AUGCAGCGUCGGGUGCUUGGGAGUUUUGUUGGGGUUAUGAACGGUGGUGUUGCGUUGCAUCAAGCACGGCGUACGAAAUAUAUUCGGCAUCCCAGCCCGAAUUGGGAUCCCGUCCACGAGGAUAUCAACGCGCACGUGAAGAAGCGCAUCCCGGGAGAAACCCGCGUCGAUCGCGUGAAGCGGUUCGCGCGGGAGUGGCGUAACGUGGAGCUGGAGCUCGGCGUCUACACCGACUCGCGCGGGCGCGAUAUUAAAUACCGGAAGACGUUUGUCUAUCGUUACACCUACCCAAACGCGUUUGAUGAGUUCUGGUGGCCAUGCAAGUAA